AUGAGAAUGAUGAAAGUUAAGUUUAUCAAGCUGGACGGAGAAAAACUCAAAGGGCAGAGACAGGCUGACAAGAAGCUUACCCGAGAGAAUGCAAAAACUCUCAACGAUCUAUUUUAUCAAUUACUGGAAGAAAAGAAGAAAAUAUGUAAAGUGGAUGUUGGAGAAUUUAGAAAGCGGGCUAUUGAAACGGUUAGAAAAGUCGAGGGUGCGAUAAACAUGUCACGUCACUGCAAGAUGCCUUUAAAGAAAAAGAAGGUCACCACUUUCGAGAGAGGGUUGCACUUAGGGUAUAUCGAUAACGGAAGUCUCAUCAUCGUCAUUAUAUUCCCAUCAUCUAUCCCCCUGUAUAUCGAUAACGGAAGUCUCAUAUCGUCAUUAUAUUCCCAUCAUCUAUCCCCCGUACUGAGAAAUAUGUUCAGAGACAUAAGCGAAGUGGAGAGUGACUGCCGCAUGGAUGGUGGAGGAGAUGCAGACAGUAAUAAUUUUGGUGGGGGGCCUGCUGUGAAGCUUCUUUUUGAUUUUUCGGAAACCGAACCACAAGCGAGCACUCACGACAAGCCACAUAUAACACAAGAGAACAAUCAAUAG